CUCGAACAGCUCGAGACUUCUCCUUUGCAGACAGAUUGCGUGGAACGAUCAGACAGCUCUCGUUCGUUUUGUAGUCAGGCUCUAGUGUUUACAGUAUGCUGGGUAAAGGCACAGCGCCGUGGCUUCAAAUCCUUAUCAUCGCUGCCAUCGUCGGAAAUGGCUUAUCGGAUCCUGAGCAACUCCUGUCCAUCAGCGAUCUCCAAAACAAACAGCCGUUUGGAGUUCAGCCUCCGUCUCACGGCUAUAUAUUGCUUUGGUGGUUAUGCAAUAGAGUAAUUCUUACUGAUAAUAAUAUUAACGCUUUCAUUCUGAGCUGCAAUCCUCGUUUAAAUGAAUACAGUUUUCACAGAUUUGAUAAUAGGUGGGACAACAGUUGUGGCUGCUUUCCCCUCCCCAAUGCAAGCAACGUUGAAUAUUUUGCAAUUGGCAAUUUAAAUAGUCAAAGCUGUCGGAUAUCUGAUCACUUGGAUCCCGAGAUCAGAUUGUACUUUGAUUUAGAUAUACACGAUGAGAGCUGGCUCCGAUACAAAAACAAUGUGCGACUGAUCAUAUCCUUAAACCAAGGCGAUUCUAUUGUAAGAAGUAUUUAUAUCACUGACCAUUACCAUCCACGCAGAACCUUUGAAAUCUCCCAAAGUCUCAUCAGCGAUAUAAGAACUCUACCGUUGCAGACAUUUAUGAACUCGGUGGGUUACGAUCAACCACGAGAUUUUGUUUGUCGCUCUAACCUGUAUCAAGGCAGGCGUGAAAGCUACGUGGAUGACUGCGACGAUUUGCUGAGAUACAACACGGAGAUCACAAUCUCUUCCUGGGAAGGGAUGCCACGGGUGCAUUGGAAAAAUCUACCCUGGAGCGAUUAUUAUGGCUGGAUCGGUCUGUAUAAAUCCAGUGACGCUAAGAACGAAAGCUAUGUUGCAUGGAGUUGGACUAACGGAAAUCAAAAUAACGAUAUACUAAUAUCGACGCGUAUUAAUCCGGGAAUGCAAGCGCGGUACUUCAGGUCGAAGGGGUACAAUGCUGUACUAGCGUCGCCACAGAUCCACGAGUCUUGUUGGAAAGAUCCAACGCCCAUCUCAACCCACCCACAUUUAUCACUUCAGCUUGUUUUCAAUGACCAGGGACUCUCGGGUGUCAAGCUCUACGUUAGUAAGUCAUAUACGGGAAACUGGAGAGAAGGGUUAGAAAAUGCAUGGGUAGGUUUUUAUUUGCUUCAUAAAGACUCAAAAGAAUACAAAGGAUACCAGUAUCUGAGCAGAUUCCAAAGAGGGACUGAUCUGCCCGAAUACGAGGUUUAUUCGGACGGUUAUGCAGGACCGUACAUGAGUUCAGACUUGGAAGCACGAUUGUUUUGUGAUAGUGGUUAUGAGUGCGUUCUUGUCAGUACUCCGCACUGGACCUGUUAGUAUGUAUCACGUAUCAUCAGCUAGAAUGCAGGUCCGGGCUGUUUGUUGCAGAUUAGGGGGAGUUUCCCCGAGAACACUUUGGACAAAUGAAAUAACUUUGGUUAAUUAAGUUGACAAUGACUAGAUUGAUGCGUAUUCUUUUCCCAGUAACUGAUCUGCAUUGUAUCCGCUGCUGUUAUCAAUGUAUGCAUGAUUAUCUGAUCUCUAUUUUAAAACUGUAUUUGAUUGAACAGUAGCCUUUUCUUUAUAAAUAUGAAUGGUAUUAUUA